GGGCACAUUAUUCCACUCUUGAUGCUUUUUUUUGGUUGUUCAGAGUUGAGUGAGGCAGAAAGAACCUGUUAUAGAAAAACUACAAAAUUUUCUUCCUAUCUCUUUCUUUCACACCACACAUUUCACUGAGAUUUUCCCAUAAAAGACAACAAAAGUACUAUUCACCUUGUUCAAGUGAUUAUUGCUUCAUGUGUUACACUUCCAACUCUUGUUCUUGUUUCAAAUCAACAACAAACUUUCAGGACCACUCUCAAAGACAAUAUUGUCCUUGGUUUUAACUAGUUUGUUAAGAUAUGAAUUGGGUUUCAUCAAAAUUUUACCCUUUUGGUUUUUUUGAUGUUCUGUUCAUAAAGUAUCAAACUUUAUGAGUUUUGUGAAGUGGGUUUGUGAAGAAAAGUUGGUAAAUUUUUCAAGGAUGUCUGUGAUUGUGAAUGGAAGAUGUUCUUCACCAAAAAUCAAGUCUUGGAAAGGAAAUGAGUCUUUGCAUGUGUCUAAUUCUAGUACAACAUGUAGGAGGAAACUGUUUCUGUUGCUGUUUUGGGUUUUUGGUGUUGCUGUUGUUAUUGGGAGUGUUUGGUUUGUGUUUAGUACCUUCAACUUUAAGCAUUUGAUUAAAGAAACAGCUUGUGAAAAGAGUGCACAAACCUUGUUACAACGUUACAAUGUCAGUAAGAAACAGCUUCAUGUUUUGGCUUCCUUGUUCUCAGGAUCAGAUCAGAUUUUGUCCAAUUGUAUUGAUGAAAGGAGACUUCAAAUGUUGUUAAGUAGUGACAUAAUCAACACUCCACAGUUAAUGUGUCCAAAGAAUCUAGACUUACAAAAGGAGCAUAGAUAUGUUGCAGAAUCUGUAGAACAAUGUCCAAUUCUUGAUGAUUUUGUUCACAUGAGGCUUGGAUUAUCAUUCCCUUGGAAAGCAUAUGUAACAUUGGUCUCUGCACUUUUGUCCGAUUUGGUUAGCGUUUUGCUCCGUGGAAAGGUGAUGAGGGUGUGUGCGGUUGUGGAUAAUGUGAAUUUAUCUAGUUUAAUUAAAGGAUGUUGUUUAGUCCUUAUUGGCAUUAUACUGUCCCACAAGUUGUCUGGCUUCUGUUUACUAAGGAGGAAUCAAAAGCAGAAGGUAGUUAAGGAGCAUCCAACUGCUCCACAAAAGCGGAUUCAACAUUGUAUGCUCGGUCAUUCAAAGGCUACUGGUUGGCGGAGAAAAAAGUUGCUAGUUAUUUUUAUGUCAGUUGGAAUCCUUGGUUCUGCAUGGUUAUUUAGGUACAUGAGUUCGGACAUUGCGCAAAGAAGAGAAGAAAUGCUUGCCACUAUGUGUGACGAGAGAGCCCGUAUGUUGCAAGAUCAAUUUAACGUGAGCAUGAACCAUGUCCAUGCUCUCGCUAUUCUUGUGUCUACAUUUCACCAUGGUAAACAUCCUUCCGCAGUUGACCAGAAAAUAUUUGGAGAAUAUACAGAGAGUUCGGCAUUUGAGAGACCACUUACUAGCGGUGUUGCUUAUGCUUUGAAAGUUCUCCAUUCUGAUAGGAUGCAUUUUGAGAAGCAGCAUGGUUGGACAAUUAAGAAAAUGGAAACUGAGAACGAGGCAUUAGUUCAAGAAUGUAUUCCAGAAAACUUGGAUCCAGCGCCCAUUCAAGAUGAAUAUGCACCAGUCGUAUUUGCUCAAGAAACGGUUUCUCAUAUUGUAUCCAUCGACAUGAUGUCAGGGAAGGAGGAUCGUGAGAAUAUUUUGCGAGCAAGGGCAUCUGGAAAAGGGGUUCUUACAUCCCCUUUUAAACUACUAAAGUCCAAUUACCUCGGUGUUGUACUUACAUUUGCUGUCUAUGACUCUAAGCUUCCUCCAGAUGCUACACCUGAACAGCGUAUUGAAGCUACUGUGGGGUAUCUGGGUGCAUCCUAUGAUGUUCCAUCACUGGUGGACAAGCUUCUUCACCAGCUUGCCAGCCAGCAAACCAUUGCUGUCAAUGUGUAUGACACAACUAAUGCAUCUGAUCCUAUUACGAUGUAUGGUACCGAUGUUCUUGAUACUGGUUUACUACACAUAAGCGGUCUAGAUUUUGGGGAUCCGCUACGAAAACAUGAGAUGCACUGCAGGUUCAAGCAUACGCCUCCAUUUCCUUGGACAGCAUUCUGGGCAUCAGUGGGGGUAUUUGUAAUUACCUUUCUUUUGGGAUAUAUAUUUUAUGCAGCAAUAAAUCGAAUAGCUAAAGUGGAGGAUGACUAUUGUCAAAUGAGAGAGCUGAAAGUUCGUGCUGAAGCUGCAGAUGUCGCAAAAUCUCAGUUUCUUGCGACAGUUUCACAUGAGAUCAGGACUCCAAUGAAUGGUGUUUUAGGUAUGCUGCAAAUGUUGAUGGAUACUGACCUUGAUGACAAUCAGAUGGAUUUUGCCCAAACUGCUCACACGAGUGGUAAAGAUCUUAUAUCGGUUAUAAGCGAGGUUCUCUAUCAAGCUAAGAUCGAGGCAGGCAAACUAGAACUUGAAGCUGUAGCUUUUCAUCCACAUGCAAUUCUAGAUGAAGUUCUAUCACUUUUCUCUGAAAAGUCCGAUGAAAAAGGAAUUGAGUUGUCUGUUUAUGCAUCUAACCAAGUACCUGAAGUUGUCAUCGGCGAUCCUAAACGCUUCCGACAAAUAAUUACCAAUCUUGUGGGAAAUUCACUUAAGUUCAUUCACAAUAAAGGACAUGUUUUUGUCUCGAUUCAUCUGGCAAAUGAAGUGAAGAAUCCACUUCACAUCAUGGAUGCAGUGCUGAGAGAAUGCUUAAACUUGAACCAGGACAUGUCGGAAAGAACAUGCAAUACAUUGAGUGGAUUUCCUGUAGGAAACAGAUGGAAAAGCUGGGAAAAGUUUCAAAAGUUAAAUUUGGCGCAUGAGUCAGAAACUAUCCAACUACUAGUAACAGUUGAGGACACUGGUAUAGGAAUUCCUACCGAUGCUCAAAGCCGCAUAUUUACACCUUUCAUGCAGGCUGAUAGUUCCACAUCGCGAACAUACGGUGGAACUGGAAUAGGAUUAAGCAUUAGUAAAUGUCUAGUUGACCUCAUGGGAGGAGAAAUUGGAUUUGUAAGUGAGCCUGAAAUUGGAAGUACUUUUUCAUUUACUGGAAAUUUUAGAAAAGGAGAAACAGAAUCUGUGGAUGAGAAGUGGCAGAAGAAUAACCCUUUGGCCUCUGAGUUCCAGGGUUUGAGAGCAUUAGUAAUAGAUAGAAGAAAAAUCCGGGCUGAGGUUACACGAUAUCACCUGCAGAGGUUGGGCAUGUCUGUAGAUGUAAAUUCCAGUCUUCAAUCUGCUUGCUUUUCUCUUUCUGAUACUUGCAACUCAAGUAUGCUGACACAAUUGGCCAUGAUUCUUAUAGACAAGGAUUCAUGGGACAAGGAAAGUAGCAUCUUAUACGCAAUCAAGAAACAAGGACAGAAUGGCGUCAAAGGGGACUCGCUAAACUUUCCAAAGAUUUUUCUCCUGGCCACCCACCUUAGCCCCAACGAGCGAAAGGAGCUAAAGUCAGUUGGUAUCAUAGAUGAUGUACUAAUGAAGCCUCUUUGGCAAAGUGUUUUGAUUCGCUACUACAGAGAAUCCCUUGGAACUGGGAGAAAACAAAUAGACAGAAAGAAAGUAUCCCAACUUGAAAAUUUAUUGAUACACAAACGAAUUUUGGUGGUUGAUGAUAACGCAGUGAACAGAAAAGUUGCAGAAGGUGUUCUGCGAAAAUAUGGAGCAGUAGUUACCUGUGUGGAUGGUGGUAAGGCUGCUCUUAAGGUGCUUAAACCACCACAUAAUUUUGAUGCUUGCUUCAUGGAUCUCCAAAUGCCAGAAAUGGACGGUUUUGAGGUGACUAGGCGAAUCCGGUAUAUGGAGAACGAGGUAAAUGAAAAAAUUGCUUGUGGGGAAGAAUUGGCAGAGAUGUUUGGUAACAUUUCUUAUUGGCACAUACCAAUACUAGCUAUGACAGCUGAUGUAACUCAAGCAUCAAAUGAAGAAUGCAAAAAAUGUGGGAUGGAUGACUUUGUGUCAAAGCCAUUUGAAGAAGAGCAACUCUAUACGGCAGUGGCAUGUGUCUUCAGUUUUGGUUCAUAGUAAGGAAGUAGCAUUGCUUAUUGACAUGCUGCAUUACUCGCUACUACAGCUGAUGCAACUCGGCCUUCGAAAGCAGAAUUCUGCAUAAUGGAUCUCAGCUAUGGCUGUGUAGAUAUAAAAGUUGAUUUCAACUGCAAUAUAUUACAUGGAAUCACUCAUUGCAGGAGCAGUGGUGAACAGGAGUCAAGAUUAAAUUUAUAUGUACAUAUCAUAUUUUUCGUUCUAUAUUCGUAUCGAGCAAGUAGGAUAUACGAUUAAAUGUUGUAGUUAUGUCAUCAUUAAUUAAUUCAUUUUCUGGGGGGCUAAGAUGGAAAGAAAUGGAAGAUAUCUGAACCCUCAGAAGUUUGUAAGUAACAUGUAUAGUUAUUAAUCAAUCCAGUAUUAUGGAAUAUGUAUCAAUAUUGUGAGAUUACAACUCCAAUAUAUCACUAAAAAGUUGCAAUGGAUA